AUGAACUUUUGGCUUUCACCCAAUUCCGGAUCACCAGAAAAAUACCGUAAGCGGAGAAAAAUAAUCGUACAAUGUCAUCGACGGAGGAGGACAGUGCAUAACGAACUCUACGUUUUCUCGGGCCGAGACGGAGACGACGACGACGACGACGAAUUUGAAAGCAUGAAAAAAAUUAACAAUGGGCUGACAAAAGCUGUUAUGAAUCCAACCCCAGAAACUCUUAGCAAUCAAUGGCUGACAAUAGCUGUUAUGAAAGAUUUACUCAGGCGCCUUUACUUCUAUGGUCCAGAUCGAUUUCCAGUUCUAUUUCAGUUUUGGACGCCUAAAUCAAAGGGAGGUAACUGGGUCCUUACAACUUCAGAUCAACCUUUUGGUGUUAAAAUUUUUCAUAAAGGACUCGCUGCGUGUAGGAGUUACUGUGUGCAUAAUAAUUAUGUUAUUAGUGACAAUAAAGGAGACAUUGGCCCUCACUUGCGUGUGUUCCGAGGUAAAUGCCUGGAAUGGAUUACAAAUGUAGGGUGUUAUUCUGUCAAAGAGUAUCCACAGCAGCAAUAUGCUAUUUUUGUGGCGUACGGGGACUGCUGGCUUUGCCAUUAA